UUACAGCAAACGAUAUGACAGGUGAAAGAAGUUGAUUGAUUAGGAGAGUCAGUCAGAGCUGGGGAUUAUUAUAAUAAGCGCCAACAUGGCCUGCUCUAAUUGCCGCAAGCAUAGGUGUCACAGUGGAAAUCACCAAAAGAAACAGUCCCUCCCCACUACCCCAUUUGGUUCUGUAAUCGAAACAGACAAUCUGAAGGUAUAGAGAGUUGGAACAGUAGUGGUGAAGCUGAGUUGGGAAAAGUGAGGGAAUGUCAAAUCUUGGACCUCAAAUUUAAGGAAGUUUGAGGUGUCUUCUUGCAAGAGAGCUUGCUUGAUUGCGUUGCAUUGCAUCUGCAUGGGUCUAGAUAAAAGAAGAGAAGGGAUCAUGAAGAAGAAGAAGAAGAAGAGGGUGGAGGAGGAAGACAAGGAUUCAGAGGAUUGGUGCUUCUGCUGCUAUGAUGGUGGAGAUCUUAUGAUUUGCGACCACAAGAGUUGCUUAAAAGUGUAUCAUCCAGGAUGUGUAGGAAAAAAGAAAAACUCCAUGUACUCUGGAAAGCGCUGGACUUGUAGUAGGCAUUCUUGUGUAGUGUGCUCUGGUACCUCAAGGUUUUAUUGCCUUUGUUGUCCACAUGCAUUAUGUAGAGAUUGCAUAGGUGCUUCUGAACUUGCACUACUAAGGGGGAAGAAUGGCUUGUGCAAGAGCUGUGUAAAGCGUAUUCUGCUGGCAAAAGAAAACUCAGAAUAUGGUUUAGAGGGAGAGAAAAUAGACUUAGAGGAUCAAGAUGAAUGGCUAUUCAAAGAAUAUUGGGAGAUUGUAAAGGAAAAGGAAGGAUUGACCUCUGGCGAUGUUUAUUCAGCAAAUGUCGAUUUAAAGAAGAGAGAAAAUCAAAGCUGCAGAUUCUUACCUAUAAAUAUUAGUGAGAGUGACGAAAGUAAGGACUUGACAAUGUCAGAUAGCGACACUAGUGGCACUGGUGUUACAGAAAUUCAGAAGCCAAUGAGAUUAAGAAAGGGAUCUAAGCGACUAGAGUUUAUAGGAUGGGGUUCUAAACCUCUCAUUGAGUUUCUAAGAUCCAUUGGGAAGGAUACAACUGAGAAGAUAUCCCAGCUUGAUUUGGACAAUAUUAUCUGUAACUACAUCAGAGAUAAAGAGCUUUAUGUGACCAAAGACAAGAGAAAGGCUCUAUGUGAUCAAAGUCUACGAUCCAUUUUCAGAACGAAAUUUGUAUUCCUGGUAAGGAUAUAUGGUCUUCUAGGGGAACAUCUUGUCGAGAACAUAACAGAGGAUAGUGGAAGCGAGGAUGAGGAAGAAGUCAAAUUGGAAGAUAAGAACAAUGGUACUACGCAUGAACGCAAGAAGAGAAGAGUGAGCUCUGAUACAACCAUAGCAUCUGAUGAAAAGAAAGCAAGUCCUAGAUUCCAAAAGAGCUGUUUUGCAUCUAUUAUCCCUGAGAAUAUGAAGCUUGUUUACAUAAAGAGGAGCUUACUGGAGAAGUUACUGAAGGAGCCUGAUCAUUCGGAAAGCAAGGUACUAGGGAGUUUUGUGAGAGUGAAAAAUAACCCCCUAGACUACCUUCAGAGAAAUACUCACCAAUUUACACAAGUUAAAGGCAUAAAGGAAAUCUCAGCAACCAAUGGUGAGGGCAAUAAAAUUCUCCUGCAAGUUUCCUAUUUUGGAAACGAUAUUCCCCUUUCUCUGCUUUCAGAUUCUAACUUCAGUCAGGAAGAGUGUGAAGAUUUGUGCCAAAAUGUGGCAAAUGGUUAUCUAAAGAAACCUACAGUUGUUGAGUUUGAAAAGAAGGCAAGAGAACUGCAUCAGGACAUAACUAAGCAUUGGAUUGAAAAGGAGUUGGUGAGAUUGCAGAAUUGUGUUGAUUGGGCAAAUGAGAAGGGAUGGAGAAGAGAGCUAGAUGAAUAUCUGGACCAGAGAGAGCUACUAAAGAAACCAUCUGAACAGGAGCGACUAUUAAAGCAGAUGCCAGAGGUCAUUGCUGAGGUUAUAGAUCUUGAAUCCGGUUCUGGGUCUACGGACUCAUUGGUGAUCAACAAGGCAUGAAGUGUUGGAUUCAAUCUAUGUUGUACUGGAAAUGCUACUAAAAGCUGCAAGUUCUGUUUUGGUUCUUGGCUAUAACCUGACUUGAGCAAUUUAUAGGCCCAAGAUUUUCUUUUUUAAUUUUUCUUUUUUCUUUUAGUGAGCUUGGUAUGGUUCAUGGAUAUGUUUCAUCGACUCUAUGUUGCUAUGAUUUAUGAGCGGGUUGUUAUAGUAUCUUUUGGUAUGAGUUUAGGGUACAAUGUGUUUCUCUGAUUCUGCUUUUAGAAAACAGAUUUGGACUUGCCUUGAAUGGUUGAUUUUCUUUUAUGAGCGACUUGUAACCAAAUUAGAAAUAGUGAACACAGAAUAAGUUAUGUGCAUGAUUGAAUUAUAGAAAGUAUCUAUCAUUUGAAUUGCAGUA